CUCGCAAGCUUUCUACCCAAAUCAGCAACACCACGCAUCAUGAGCAAACCCCGGAAAACACCGGUGCUUCCGCCUGGCUCCGCGCCAAAGAAGACAGUCAAUUCUUCCAAAAACGCAUUGAGCCAAGAAUUCGUGAGCAGCAGCGACGAUUCUGCGAGCGAGACCGAAGCACGGCCCCAGAAAAAGACGCCUGUACAAAUCGCAGUACACAGACCGAAAAGUGGUGUGACGGCUAGCGAGACCAAAAAAUCGAAAAAGGGGAAAGAAGAAGCUCCGAAGAGCUCAGCUAAAUCGAAACAGUCGCCAAAAAAACCUUCACCCAAAAAACCUGUACCCAAGCAGGUCACGACGGAAGAAGAUGGUACUACUACAAGUAGCUCAGAUGACAGCGAAGAUGAGCCCGAGACCGACAUAAGAAAAGCGCAGGAUCGAGAAAAACAGAAGGCGGCGAGUACAAGCACCAGCGACAGUAGCUCGGACGACUCAAGCGACGAAUCUGAAGCAGAUACUCCUGCGGCGACAUCAAAAGCAACACCAACACAACCUCGAUCGGCCCCAACAAAUAUACAUGACGUGGAAAUGGUAGCAGCGAGCGCAUACGUUCCUCCGAGAGGUUUCAAUCAGGCAUCCACCAGCCGAGCCGCAUCUUUACCAUCUACCACACUGCUGAGCAAUCUUCAAGGAAAGCAGAUUUGGCACCUGACCGCACCCGCCAACAUAUCACUCAAAGACCUGCAACAGCUGGCCAUGGAUCAAGCGACCAAAGGCAAGGCAGUAUUGAAGCACAAAAAUGCUAGCUAUGGUUUCUCAGACGUCGCAGAAGAGGAUGGUGGUUCGCAACAAGUCAUCAUACCACGUCAAAACGGAUACAAACCUGUCUCGUCUCGAAUCUCGCACUCGUUCCACCUCCGCGAGAUUGUUGAUCUCCCCAAACUAAGUUCGCAUCAAGCGGACCCAAACACAGGCUCUGAGGCAGCAGCAUCCAUCACAAUGUCUACUAUCCGUGCCCCGCUGCCCCAGGUCAAAGGGCUCAAGAUGCGCUUCUUCCCAUCAGGAGCGAAGGAUCGUACGCCGGUAACUCUGGGAUCAUCAGAUGACGAGGACGAACCUGAACAGGCGCCAACUGCAGGUUUGGCUGUCCCCAAUGGUGUUCAUUCAAAGGCAAGAUCGGAGAAGCGGAAGCAUGCAGAUAUGAACGAAGAUGACAGGGCAGUGAAGAAGCUCAAGAAGCAUCGGACCCCCGAGGAACUGAAAAGGAGGGAGGAACGAAGAGCGAAGAAGGAAAAGAAACGGGAAAAGGCAAAGUCAUGAGAUACCGGUCUGAGCAUAACUGAAAGCGUUUGGCGUUUAAAUGGGAAAUCAGGGGAUGACCAGUGUGUCUUGUGAAUGUUGCGGAGGUGCAGGAGCCUGCUCAUACAUGCGAGUCUGCAUAGGCUUGAUUUCAUGUAUAUGAGCCUCU